AUGUGCUCAGCUGAUGUAAUUAAGUCAGUGGAGCUAUACCAAUUUAUACCAGCUGAGGCUCUGGUACCAAGUCUUCAAGAAGAAAACUUUUGGAUUGUUACACAAACACCGUUUUCUCUUUCUUCAGCAGUAACGGCUAUUGGGCCUGAUCUGAUCAAGGAAACUGAGGAAAAGGUCUUGGGAAUUAUUGUGGAGAAGACCCUGACAGCACCAGCCCAGUACACAGCUGUGGAGAAAAGACAUGCAUAGGACCAGGUUUUGUGAGUCUUGCUACAAACAUCUGAGCAUGUAAAGCAACUUCAACAUCUUUGUGACACCUUGCUGCGGGAUUUGUGGAAACUACUGCUGCCUGAAGACAUCCAGGCUGGAGAAGAACUGCAUGUCAGGGUUCUAACCUCCAGUUUACAGGAGCUGAAAGGCUACUUAAAUCAGCAUUUGAUAUCUUAUGAGGUCCUAAUACGUGAUGUACAAGAACAGCUGGACAAUAGCACACCAAGGGAGGGCAGCAGUCCCUGGAGGGUUCCAGAGGGCUAUUCCUAAACGUAUCAUCCAAUGGAAGGGAUUUAUCACUGGAUGUACCAGAUAAAGGAGAGCAACAGUGAGCUGGUGACACAGCAUUAUCUAGGAGUGACAUAUGGGAACCAGCCAAUGUAUUAUCUGAAGAUAAGUCAACCAUUAAAUAAGGCCAAGAAGAUUAUUUGGAUGGACUGUGGGAUUCAUGCAAGAGAAUGGAUCUCUUCUGCCUUUUGUCAGUGGUUUGUGAAAGAAGGGAGUCCUUUUCCCAUUUCAAUUUUACAAAAUUACAAAACUGACCCAAAAAUAAAAAGCUUCCUGCAGAACUUGGACAUAUAUAUCCUGCCAGUUCUCAGUAUUGAUGGUUAUAUCUAUUCCUGGAAAGCCCUUCCUUUGCUAGGAAGGGAAGUGGAAGCUGCAGAGAAAGCAGCAGUCGCACUGAAGGGAAAGUAUGGGACCAAUUUUACAGUGGGACUAACUUCUUGGUUUUGUGUAAGUUUGUACAAGAACUCUGGCUCUUCACGGGACUGGGCUCACAUGAUUGGCAUUCCAUUCUCCUACACUUUUGAGCUGAGAGACAUGAGUGCCUAUGGAUUUAUUCUACUGCCAGACCAGAUCCAGCCCACAUAUGAGGAGACUACCACAGCUGUGAUGACCAUUAUAGAAUAUGUAAAUCAGAAGUUUCCCAACAGUGCAGUGGCAGUGACCUCUGGCAGCCUGUGGCUAUGGCUCAGUGUCCUAUUCACAUGGACCUUGUCCCUAAGUAAGCCCUACAGAGCUCAGCAGGAAACUCACAUGCAGUGAAAAAUUGCAUGCAAAGGAAAAAUUUGACGUUACCAGGGAGCUAAAUGGCAUAGUGUUUAAAUAAAUGACCAAUACAGUAAAUGCAAAGAGUUCUCCGGCGUUCUGAGGGUUUUUGGAGAAGGAGGAAAGGUAAAGAACAGGCUGUAAAAUCAAGCCCUGCUCAUCAAAACCAGUUGUAGAAGGUUAGGUUUCAUUCCUUUGUUUAAAUUAAGGCAAGCCUAUAUUAACUUCAAAAACCUUGCUCGCUGUCUCUGCAAGGCCAGAGAUUGAAUAUGCAUGGGAGGAAACUGCAUUCUUAGACAUGGUCUCAGUGACUGCCUUACAUCUACGCUUCCCUUUCUGCCAGGCAUAGCCUUCUUCUUCUCAUGGUCCCCCUCACCACACUGGACCCACCAGCCAGAACCCUUAUUUCCCACCCAUGGUUGGCACCAGCAGGCUGUAUGAGAGAUUGAGAUAUCUGACUGCUGUCUCUGUUCUCACUUCAGUAAGUGUACUGCUGCUUUGAUUCUUGUUGU